UCGUUGUAGAUUGUAGUUCCGGUUCUUGGUGUUUCCUGGUUGCUGCCACAAUUUGCUGCUGCUUCUGAUUCCUGCUAGUAAUUUUCAAAACCCGGGGAAUGACAGUGUAUUUAAAACAUUUAAUUUAGCCAUCAUUGUUUUGGGAAUUGUAUUGUUUCGUUACAAAAUACAAAAGGAUACCGGCUGAGAAAUGACGACGCGGUCGGAAAGGGAAAAGGCUCUGAAAUUGAAUGAGCAGCACCAGGCCAUCCUGUCCAAAAUGCUGAGAGAAGAGGAUAACAAAUACUGCGCUGACUGCGAGGCGAAAGGUCCGAGAUGGGCAUCGUGGAAUCUUGGUGUUUUUAUUUGUAUUCGAUGUGCUGGAAUCCAUCGAAAUCUUGGCGUUCACAUAUCCCGGGUCAAGUCAGUGAAUCUGGACCAGUGGACACAAGAACAAAUACAGAGCGUUCAGGACAUGGGAAACACCAAGGCAAGAAAGCUGUAUGAAGCCAAUCUUCCAGAUAACUUCAGAAGACCACAGACAGACCAAGCAGUGGAAUUUUUCAUCAGGGAUAAAUAUGAAAAGAAGAAGUAUUAUGAUAAGACUGGCUUAAAUGGGACCACCACAUCUUCUGAUUCUGUUCUGCCCUCGGCAUCCUGUCCUUCCUUGCAAACAGCAGCUGAGAAAAACAAGUUGGAGAAAGAAAAGGAGGAAAAGAAGAAAGAAAAGGAACCCGAGAAAGUAAACAAGCCGGCUCCUUUUGAUAAACUAAAAACCCCACAGAAGAAGGAAGAGAAGCAGAUAGAUAGCAGAGUGAGUCCUCUGAAAACUGCAGAACCUGCUAUUGAUCUUUUAGGACUAGAUGCCCCAGCUGUUGCAAAUGGAAGCAGUGCCACGACUAAUGCACCUUUGAGUGAUGAUCUGGAUAUCUUCGGUCCUAUGGUUUCAAAUCCGCUUCCAUCUUCUACCACACCGUUUACUCAGGCCACUUCCAGUAAGCCAACAGCUGCCACCUCUGCUGCAGUGUCAGGGGAUAUGGAUCUAUUUACUGAGGCAACCAUCAAAUCAGAGGAGUCAGCAAAGAAGCCCCUCUCAAAGGACUCUAUAUUAUCACUGUACAGCACCGGGAGUAUGCAGCAGCAGACAGCUCCUGCUGGCAUGUUCAUGGGACCAGCUCAGAUUCCAUUUCCUUCCCAACCUGCAAAUUUUCAAGGUUUUGCUAAUAUGGGAGCCCCUAUGGCUGCUUCCACUGGUAUGAUGGGACAGUCGGUGCCUAUGAUGGGACAGAAUGCAGGGAUGAUGGUUGGCAUGGUGAUGCCUAAUGGAUAUAUGGGCAACACACAAACUGGAGUUAUGGGACUGCCUCAGAAUGUCAUUGGACCACAAGGUGGAAUGCCUGGAAAUGUGGCCAACCCUCAAAAUGUGUAUGGCAUGCAGACAAGUCAGCAGGGACAGUGGAACCUGAGUCAGAUGAAUCAGCAGAUGGCUGGAAUGAAUCUGGUUGGUCCCAGUCCCAUGAUGGGCUUUGGGCAGCCCAUGAACACGAUGGGAAACUGGACAGGAACCACCUCAGGCCAGACUCUUAGUACUCAGCUGUGGAAAUGAAAUGGGAGACUCUACUGUACCUGGCAUUCUUUGCUCUGCUGAAUACAGACCCUUUUACUUUAUCCAUGUACUGUUUCUCGUUAAUGUUAUGAAGUAAAUCCACUCAUCGGGUCUGUGUAUAUCGAUUUGAUUGAUUGAGUGACUGCCUGUUUAAGUACAUAAAUUGGCAGCUUGUCCAUCUUCUCACAUCACAAACCCAUUUUCUUAAAACAUAUCAUCAAGAGGCUGCUGGACCAAUUAUACAGUGUCUAAUAUAUCAUUACCCAAAUCUAUAGUGAGUAAUAGUAUUUAAAUGGCAAAGAGAUAGGGCAAUCAUGUUUGGGAACCCCACCCCACAAGUAAUCUGUAUAACCUCCAAUGACCCCAAAAUUCUGUAGAAGAUAUUGUAUGAACAAAUGUAUGUUAACAUCAGUAGAAAUAUAAAUGAAUCGGUAAAGAUUGUUUUGUUACACAUACCAUCUCUUCAGUUGAGAAGUCAGCCAUUUCAUACUGAUGUUUUAUAUGUGUUACAGAAAAGCAGAGUUAGUAAAUGGAAAAUAAACCUGGAUGACAUACGAUUGUAAGUAGUUUCAAAUAAGAACAUGGUCCUCUUUUUAGACCUCUAUAGUGUUAGUAAAAUACUAAAUUUGGCGCAAAAAAUCUACCAUUUUUAUAUAAUGCGAAAUCUGAAUUCUUACAAAUGUAAUUAGGGUCAGAUGUGUUGAAGUAAUUGUAUUAUUUCAGUUUCCUCCAGGUUUACUUCUAUAUUGUGUUUUUAUGGUGCCAGGUACAGGUGGUAAGAUGUUAUUUCCCAGCAUUAAACAGAUAACAGCCA